AUGCCGUUCCCCUCGGUGAGCUCCUGCAAUGCCACGCACCAAAACUGCACCGAUAGCUCUAACUUUACGCAGCAGCUGAAGAGAAACGACACCGACCCGUUCGGACGUAACGAGGAGGUGGCCAAGCUCGAGAUCACCGUGCUGAGCCUGGCGUUCGUGGCGGCGGUGGUGGGCAACCUGAGCGUGCUGCUCGCCAUGUACCGAGCCCGGCGGAAACCGUCGCGCAUGCACCUGUUUAUGAAGCACCUGUGCCUGGCUGACCUGGUGGUGGCCUUCUUCCAGGUGCUGCCGCAGCUCUGCUGGGAGGUAACGUUCCGCUUCUAUGGGCCGGACUUCUUGUGCCGCAUCGUGAAACACCUGCAGGUGCUGGGCAUGUUCGCCUCCACCUACAUGAUGGUGAUGAUGACCGUGGACCGCUAUAUCGCCAUCUGCCACCCGCUGCAGACGCUCCAGCAGCCCACGCAGCGCGCCUAUAUCAUGAUCGGCUCCACCUGGGCGUGCAGCCUGGUCCUCAGCACCCCGCAGUACUGCAUUUUCUCCCUGAGCGAGGUGCGCCCCGGCUCAGCCGUCUACGACUGCUGGGGGCACUUUGUGGAGCCGUGGGGGGUUCGCGCGUACAUCACCUGGAUCACGGUCGGGAUCUUCGUGGUGCCCGUGGCCGUGCUCGUGUCCUGCUAUGGAUUUAUCUGCCGUACGAUCUGGAGGAACCUCAGAUACAAAACCCAGAGGAGAAAGAGCGCGGAGGCCAGCAAAAGUGGGAUGCUGAGCCGGAGCUCGGUGAGCAGCGUCAGUACCAUCUCCCGUGCCAAAUUACGCACGGUCAAGAUGACCUUUGUGAUCGUGGUGGCGUACGUGGUGUGCUGGGCGCCUUUCUUCACGGUGCAAAUGUGGUCGGUGUGGGAUGAGACAUUCUCCUGGGACGACUCUGAGAAUGCUGCUGUGACGCUCUCCGCCCUGCUGGCCAGCCUCAACAGCUGCUGCAACCCCUGGAUCUACAUGAUCUUCAGCGGUAACCUGCUGUCGGACUUCGCCCGCAGCCUGCCGUGCUGUUGCCACCUGAGAAACCGGUUCUACCACCAGGAUUCGGACAGCAGCAUCCGCCGGACCACGCUGCUGACCCGCCUGCAGGGUCAACGCCCUUCAGAGCCUUUCAGAGACCUUAAACCCACCCCCAAAAGCUGCCUGCCAAUCCCAUCUACAUCCUGACCCCCAGAAACACUACCUUUGUGUGUUUAUAUGUUUAUGUGUGUAUGUGUGUGCGUGUUUAGUAAAACUGCAGCAGGUGUGCAGCAGUGAGGGAAGGUAUGACAUCAUCUGAGGGUGCGUUCACACCUACCCUAUGUUUU